GAUAGAACCCUGUGUCUUAUCUCCAAAUGCAAACCAAAAACUACUUAGUACCAACAAAGUUAAUAUAAAUAGUAAUGAAGGUAUUGUAGAGAAGAGUAAGCAAGCUUUUAUUGAUAAUCUUUCAGAUUGUGACAAUCCACUUAGAUCGGUAAGCAUGUAUGUUAAUUUUUGUUUAGCAAAAUUGAUGUUUUAGUGCCUCCUAAGAACACCAAUAUGCAUGUAUUAGCACACAAAGCUAUCUACUAAUUUCAUUUAUAUUUUGUAAUAUCUUAUGUUUAAUAUGUUUCUUUAUAUUUGAGACUUGAGUAACGAUGAUUUACACUUAUAUGAAAAGCUGUAUAAAAAUGUAAUAUUAUGUAGAAAAUAAAUAUUAAUAAAUUGUGGGAGAUUAACCAUUUACAUUACAAAGUUAUUUUUGAUGAACCAAUAUUAAAAGGUCUAUUAUUCUAACAUUUAUUUAUGAUAAUAAGACUUUUCUUUAUAACUCUACAGAUUCAAAAUCAAGAUUAUUGAAGUAAACAUGAAAUAUACUGCUGGAUAAAAUUAAAUAGAAUAUCACGUUUAGUGUAGGAGCAUAUCUAAUAACCCAGAGAAUAGCAAUAGGAUUAAUUUUAAUUGUAUAUUACUAGAAAAAUAUUUAUAUCAAUUGUUCUAUUUAGAAAAUAUAUAAAAUGAGUAUCUAAUUAAUAUGCAUUGUUUUUAGGAGUGACAAAUUUUGUCCAGCAGUGUACUUAAAAUUUCUUAGAGGAUGACAUCAAUCGUGCAAUGUUACGGUACGGUGAGUACAGCCCGAACAAUCCUCAGUUAAGAGUCACUGCCGCACCAUACCUUGGUUUGGGGGAGUAUGAGCAACGGAGGAACAUUUUUUUGCAAAAACAGAAAGCCGAAUAUCUGAGACACCUUGCACAGAAGAGCCAAAGUUUAAAAGAGGUUUCUAAGAGCAUAACUUCAGAAAAAGCUUCUGUGAAAGAAACCAAAGCUGUACAAACCGAGAUUCAGAAUAUUCACACAGAGUUAAUUCAGUAUGGAGUGUCCCAGAAUUUAGCGGAGAAGGAACUCAGCCCCACUCCAGUUAAUAAUUAUCUACCGUUAAACAAUCGUAAUUUAGCAUCGUAUAGAGUAGACCAAAGAUUAACUAGUGCUCAAAAUGCCUUACUGAAAACCGAUAUGGAUAAGCCAAAAGGCAUAUUGUCGAAUAGGCGCACUGGAAGUCCCAGGGAACGACUAUUGUCGGACUUGAAGCACUCGUACACGCCAAGCUUCAUGGACGGUUUUAGUUAUCAGGCUACCAGAUCCGAGGAAUUGGAAAGAGAACGAUUGAAACGAGAAGCGUAUCAACAGGAGUUACGAAUGCAAAUCGAGGAGAAACGUCGCAUGCAAGCGAUGCGCGAUGAACAGGAGCGCCGCGAACAAGAACUGGAAAACAGACGGCUGGAGCAGCAGCUGCUGCGCAUGCAGGAGGAACAGCUGGCAGACGAACAACGCAAGAAUAGAAAUUUCGAACAUAUGCGCAGACACAGUGAGGAGUUGUUUAGGCGGCAGCAGGACGUGCCUUUACGCGGCGGUCUUCGCAAGCACACCGAAUCGGAAAGCGGUUUGAGCGGGCUAAGCCGCGAGCCCCACUGCCCCAAGCCGCCGCAUUAUUCGCCGCCGGUGGCGCGUCGCCACCACUAUCCCCCUGGGUCGUCGACGUCGUCGUAUAACGUUCCAUCCACUAGUGUGUUCGAGCCCACCACUGUCUCCAGGUACAACCUUCCUUCCUCGCGCUUCGACUCGUAUUCGACGCGGAGGCACACGCUCAACCGCAUGGACUCCCUCAACUCCCACGAUCCGUUCGUCCGACGCACGAACACGUUCAGUCGCUUCGAUUCGCUAAGUCGCAUCGAUUCGCUGACGCAGCGUAUGGAUACAGCACUUAGUCUGCGCGAGGGCCUGGGCAACGGUCAACGCAGGCACAGCGCCACGCAGCAAGACCUGAGCGCGUUUCGGCGCAGCCCGAAGUUGCAGCGGCGCGGCAGUUCGGGCCGUUUCGACGACACACUACCCGUGCCUGUUUUGAAGGCUCAUUCGCCUGUUGCCAAGGAGCUGCGCAAUUCGGUACCUUUUAAUUCGGCGCGUCACGGUUCGGACGCCGUCCGCCGUCUGGAGGAUAAGUGGCAAAUUCCUGCAGUACAAAAAAAUAUAGUGAAUCACUACGAUUCGUCGAGAGAUAGUAAUAGAAGUAUAUUAACGCAGUUAGGUGCGAUAAGGAUGCAGCUACAGCAGGAACAAUUGAGAAUGGAUGAAAGCUUGCGAAAACGCGGUUAUACCCAAUCCAAGGCUGUUGAUUUCCAUUCAAAUGGAUAAAUAUACAUACAUCGAGUUAUUAAAUUAUAGUUAUUUUAUAUAUUGUUAGAAUUUGUCUUUAUAUUUAUAUUAAUUAAACUAGAUCUAGAAAUGUUUCAA